AUCUGUUUUGUAUUUGCGUUAAAUCUGUAAGCAUUUACUCCGUCAGCUUGUAUGUAGUACGCAGAGACAAUUUUUAUCUGGCAGAAAAAUCAUUGAGCUUCAAAAUUAUUCAGCAUAUUUAUUAAAAAGUCAUAAAUACGCUGAAUAAAAAUGCCGGAAUACUAUGUUAUACCUAAUCAAGACGAAGUGAAGAGAUUAAUAAAAGAGUAUGGUAUGAAAAAAGAAGAAAUUAAUAAAGAUGUAGUCACUGUCAAGAAUUGGAUGCUAGUACAACCACAUUUACCCAAAUUUCCAGAAUCUAAAAAUGAUGAAUUAAGUUUUUGGAUUGAAGGGUAUCUGCGAUUGACCAAAAACAAUUUGGAAAAAACAAAAUCAGGAGUUGAAAGCUAUUUUCGCUUAAAAACAUUGUUUCCUCAGGUCUAUGAUGUGAAUGAUCUACUAAACUAUGUAGAAAGUGAUUUGUAUGAAUAUUUGACCAUGGUUAUGUUACCCAAACACACGCCUGAUGGUCUUAAAAUAAUGUAUUUUAGUUUCAAAGAUAGCAAUACUCGUUUUUUUCGGGCAAUUGAGAUAUACAAGAGAAUGCGUUUGAUGUUGGAUAUUUAUCAGAGGAAAGGCAUCGAUUUUACCGGUAUUCACGUUUUGAUUGACACGAGGCAUUUAACGUUGUCACACAUAAGUCAAUUUGACUUGUUCCAACUCAAGAAUCUCAUUAAACUCGCUCAGAAAGCAUAUCCAUUGCGUUUGAAACAUACUCAUAUUUUGUUCCCACCAAGUUUUAUUGAUGUGGCUAAAAAUAUCUUGAAGCCAUUUGUGUCGAAAAAAAUGUUUGCCAGAUUAUCUUUCCAUAAGAACCUUGAAACUCUUUGGGAACACAUACCAAGAGAUGUACUUCCAAAUGAAUAUGGAGGAUAUAGUGGAAAUUUGGAUGUGGUUAGAGAGGAAUGGAAAACAUUGAUAUUGAAGAACAACGAUUGGUUUUUGUCCAACGUAAGUUAUAAAUCAGAUGAGUCUAAAAGACUAAAAAAUAAAAAAUCAUUUUAUAGCGAAAAAUUCUCAUUUAAAACUUUGAUUUUGGACUAAAAAAUUGUAAG